GACAAGAAGAAUCAUAAUCUUACAAAAGUAUAAAUAUAAGCAGCUAAGAACCCAAACUCAUAAUUCUGUACUAUCGCCGUCAUCACUAUUGAAAAAAAAAGUCCAAAUUCGAAAAACUUUCUCUCUCCUUCAUGGGUUCUCCUUCUCAAGCUUCUCUCCUCCUCCAAAAGCAGCUUAAAGAUCUUUGCAAACAUCCAGUUGAUGGGUUUUCAGCAGGUUUAUCAGAGGAGAACAAUUUGUUUGAAUGGAGUGUAACUAUUAUCGGUCCUCCUGAUACUAUGUAUGAAGGAGGAUUUUUCAAUGCCAUAAUGAAAUUUCCGAAGAAUUAUCCCAACAGCCCGCCAUCCGUAACGUUUACAUCCGAAAUGUGGCAUCCCAAUGUUUAUAGUGAUGGAAAAGUUUGCAUAUCGAUACUUCAUCCUCCUGGUGAUGAUCCAAAUGGAUAUGAGCUUUCAAGUGAACGAUGGACUCCUGUCCAUACGGUUGAAAGUAUACUUCUAAGUAUCAUAUCGAUGCUUGCUAGUCCUAACGACGAAUCUCCAGCCAAUGUUGAAGCUGCGAAGCAAUGGAGGGACGAUAGAAAUGGUUUCAGGAAAAGGGUCAGCCGAUGCAUCAGGCUGUCUCAAGAGAUGUUAUGAUCUUCCAAUCCUCCAAAGAUCAACUGGAAAAUCACAUUUAUUUUCUGUCCUGUUUUUGUUGUGUCUUUAAUAUCUAUUCUUUGUCCUGAAGCUUUAGGAGUUUGCUUUCCCAGUACAAACAAGGGAUGAUUCUUUCUCAUUAUAGUUUAUUUGUAGCCCUUUUACUUGUAUUUAUGAAUACAUUGCAUAUCAAAUUAAUGAUAUCAGGUUCUCAUUCUAAUUGUUAGUUUCAUAA